AUGCUCGGUGCUACUUCAGGUUAUUCUUCAUUAUCUUGUAAAUAUUGUAGUGAACAUUUAAAAUAUUUCCCAGAUCCUCAAAAUGGUGCUACCACUAGCGAACCGCGUUCAAACACUCCAUGGACUAUGUCAAUCCGUCAAAAGACUUCAUAUUAUAAUCCAGGAGGGUAUCGUGUCUGGUUGUUCGCCCCCACUCUCACAGGAAUCUCAGCUAGAGAUUUUUAUAGUUUUUCUCAGACCUUCCCAAGGGUUAUGAUGACGACGAGCAAAUCUCGUUGUCCCGUUCAAUUGAAAACUUACAUGUCAGAUAUCGAUACUCAAAAUUUCUUAAUUCUGAUUAUCUGUAUUUUCGAAAAAAUGGUACCCACAGUUUUAAAACCGAAAACUAAAAAGGCUGUUAGCAAACCAAGCCGCAAAGGUAAAAAAGCCUGGAGAAAAAAUGUCGACAUAUCUGAAGUUGAAGAAGCUUUAGAAAAGAUAAGAGAUGAGGAAAUAACCUUAGGUGGUAAGAUUAGUGACAUAUCGACCGAAAAACUUUUUUCAAUAGAUGUAAAGGGAGAUUCUGAAGUUAAAAAAAAAGUCGACAAGAAAUCUGCCAAAUUACACAUUGAUCUGAUUUUAGAAAACCGCAGUAAGAUCCCUGAAGUGUUCUCAAAACCAAGGCCAAAUUACGGCAAAAAUCAUACUUCCAAAUACGCUAAAAUGAUGUUAGAAAAGCUUGCAAAAAAAAAAAAUCAAGUAGGCAAUAGCGCAAAUAAUAAUGAAUCUAGUGAGAUAGUUAUGAAAACAGGAGAGUAUGAUGUAUGGGCACAAGCAGAUGAUCAAUCAGAAGAUUUUUCGCAUUCAAUAUUGAAACAAAAAAUUAGGCCACCUCCCACCUUAAAUAUGAAACCUGCGGUUAAUACUCCCGCAGUUCAUCUACCGCAUAGUGGAUCAAGCUAUAUGCCAUCAUUUAAGGACCACCAGGAGCUCCUUAUGAUUGCGCAUGAGGAAGAAGUCGUCAAAUUAAAGAAAACGGAACGUAUUAAUUCUAAACUUCCAUGCCUCAUCGAACAACGAAAGGCGCAAAAAGAUUUGGUGAAAAAGUUGGAAAAACUCCCUGAAAUUAUCAAAACUGUUGAGAACGAAUGUGCUGAUCAUGAAAAGAAGAUGGUUGAACGGACGAAAUUGGCUGAAGAAGUGACAAAAAUGCCAAAGAAAAAAAUUGGCAAAUAUCGAGUCCGAAAAGCACCGAUUGAUGUAAAGCUCACGGAGGAUCUAGAAGGGACUCUAAGGCUUUUAAAGCCCGAAGGAAACCUCCUCCGCGAUCGAAUGAUUAGUUAUGAAGAGCGUAAUAUUAUCGAGCCAAGAGUACCUGUCAGUAAAAAACGAAAAUAUAAACUUAAAGAGUAUGUGAGAAACUCUUAUAAAAAUCCCUAG